CGGGUGCGCUUGCGCGGGGCCGCCGACCAUGGGUUGGCUGGUUAUUUUGUAAACGGGAGGGGCCGUGCGCGCUUCUGCCUCUGGCCUCUGUUCCCUACCCUCCCUUCCCCGGUCCCUGGCUCUGCUUCGGAAAGAUGUCGGACACGGCGGUAGCUGACACUCGGCGCCUUAACUCGAAGCCACAGGACCUGACGGACGCUUACGGGCCGCCAAGUAACUUCCUGGAGAUCGACAUCUUUAAUCCACAGACGGUGGGCGUGGGCCGCGCGCGCUUCACCACCUAUGAGGUUCGCAUGCGGACAAACCUACCUAUCUUCAAGCUGAAGGAGUCCUGUGUACGGCGGCGCUAUAGUGACUUUGAGUGGCUAAAAAAUGAGCUGGAGCGAGAUAGUAAGAUUGUAGUACCACCACUGCCUGGGAAAGCCUUGAAGCGGCAGCUCCCUUUUCGAGGAGAUGAAGGGAUCUUUGAGGAGUCCUUCAUUGAAGAAAGGAGGCAGGGCCUUGAACAGUUUAUUAACAAAAUUGCUGGGCACCCACUAGCUCAGAAUGAACGCUGCCUACACAUGUUCCUGCAAGAGGAGGCAAUUGACAGGAACUACGUCCCCGGGAAGGUGCUGUUCCACCACGGCCAGUGCAGAACUCUUCCUCCGAUGUGGCCGCUGAGGUUGUGGGGAUCGGGGACCGGGAAUGGAGCAAGAGCUUGCGGGCAUCAGGGCGAGGUUUAUGAUGGCGGAAGCGGGAGAAGCCGAGCUCUGCAGCCUGAGUCCGAACAGGAGGUGCCUGACCCAGAAAGUACCGCAGUCCACGUGGCCACCACCAUUUCAGCCAGCCAGCCCUCAUCCCCUCCGUCGCCCGAUUUCAUCCCUCCUGGCUCCUUCCUAGACGCCUCAGCUCCAGAACCACUGCAGCAAAUACAUUGGCCCUCUCAGCGUGGACUCAGAGCGAGUCCCCUUUGUUACUCAAUGUCAGUGGGUUUGACGGCGUUGGUAUAUUUUUUGUCUUAAUUAUUUUUUAUUACACUAGUACAUUCUCCUUGUUAAAAAAGACGACAACAACAACAACAAAACCCCUCAAAACAUUUAUGCAUAGAUAGGGCUAAAACUAAAAUACACUUUGCGAUUACCCACAAUCCUACUAGUCGUCUUCCCCUUCCCAAAGGUAGCUUCUGUUAACAGUUUGCUCUGUAUCCUGGUGGCCUUUCAGGUCUCUUUAUUUCCCCUCGAAAAUACAUUCUGUUUUGUUUUUAUUUAUACAAAAAGUAUACUAUAGACUGUACACAUCCUGCAAGUUUUUCAUUCAAUAUUUUGGAAACAUUUUUAUUUGGCUACAUCUAGAUUUAUUUCAUUUUUAGAUUUUUUUCUUUUUUCUUUUAAAUUGAAGUAUAGUUGAUAUACAAUAUUAGUUUCAGGUGUGCAACAUAGUGAUUCUACUAAAUUUACUUCAUCUUUAAAGAAAUAUGGCAUAAUGUGCCAUAAUAUGGCUAUAAAAUGAUUUACUUAACCAUUCCUUAUUGAUAACACUACUAGAUUUUUCCAGCUUCUUGCUUAUACCAGCAGUACUGUUAUGAACAUUCAAUAUAUGACUCCUCGCCAGAGUUUCUCUAGGGCAGUGGAUCUCAAACUUUUUCAUCUCACGACCACUUCACACUCCAGGCAGAGAAUUUGUUUUUGUGGGGUUAUAUAUGUCACUAUUCAGUAUGUUAGGAAUUAAAAGUGAUUUUUAAAAUAUUUAUUCAUUAAAAAUAGCAGCAAUAACGGUGAAAUAAGUCAGGCAGAGAAAGACAAAUACCAAAUGAUUUCCCUCAUUUGUGGAGUAUAACAACCAAGCAAAACUGAAGGAACAAAAUAGCAGCAGACUUACAGACUCCAAGAAGGGACUAGCAGUUACCAAAGGGGAGGUCAGGUGGGGAGGGAGGGAGAAAGGGAUUGUGGGGUAUCAUUAUUAGUGCACAUAGUGUGUAUGUGAGGUUACAGGGAAGACAGUGUUCCACAGAGAAGACAAGUAGGGACUCUGGCAUCUUACUACACUGAUGGACAGUGACUGCAAUGAGGUAUGGGAGGGGACUCGAUAAUAAGGGUGAAUGUAGUAACCACAAUGUUUUUCUUGUGAAACCUUUGUAAGAGUGUAUAUCAAUGAUAACUUAAUAAGAAAUAAAAGAAAGAAAAAAAGCAAUAAGCUCAUCUCAUGUUAACAUGAAUAAUAUAAAUGAAAUGUAACUUCUAAAGCAAAAAAAUUAGAACAUUAAAAUUAGAUAUUAAUGUAUUUUUAUUACAUUUUUAUAAUUACAUUUUUAAUGUAUUACAUUUUUUGCAAACCUGUUUAAUAGACAAUAGGAAACAUCUGGAUUUUCAUAUCUGAUCUCCAAUGCUUCCACAUUUGAUCUAUUAUGAUAUAUUUUGGUUGAAGUAUAUCACGUAGAUAUGUAAUCAGAAAAAUGAGCAGUAUUUUAAUAGCCUUUUCAGAGAAUUGUGGAUAUUCUUUAAUAUUACAUCAAUCCUCAACAAGUGGUAGUUUCAUAAAGAUUACUUUUAAUGUGGACUUUGAAACCAUAUCAGCCAUAUCAAUCAAUUUUUCAUACUAUGUUACAUUAAAAUCCAUUGGUCUACCUUAUACUUCAGUAAAUCUUUUACCUAUGAAUGAUUUUAUAACAUCAAGUACUGAUAUUUUGGGAAAUAUUGAUUCACUGAAUUAUGCAGAUCUCUCAAAUAUUGACACAGUUCAUUAUACAGUGUCAAAAAAUCACAUUCAUGAAUAUUACCAUUGCUUUCAUCAGAAAAGUCUUGAAGUAGUGGCAAGUUGUCAAGUCUAUGGUGGAGGUGCAAGUUUUCCAAAUUCUAGUUUUUGCUUGAAAUCUCAAAUGUUAUCAUUUAGCACCAGGUAUUGCAGUUAUGUUCAUUGAAGUGACAGGCUCACUUUGUCCAUUUUCAAGAAAAUGCCUGCCACAUACCCAUGUCUGAAAAGUCAUAGUUUAUCUGUCAAUCAUUAUGUUAAGAAAAAUGGUGUUCCAUGAAAAAAGCACCUAGUUGAGCUCACAACUCAGUCUCACAAAUGCUUUUCAUUGGGGCAACCACUGUAUUUCAGUAUGCAACAGAAGUGCUUUAUAUGUACUUCCUGUUUUGUUGCACAGAAUACUAGAAAGCCAUGUACUCAGGCAGGAAGACUUAAUACUUUUUACUGCUUCAUCAAGAACAUCCUUAAGUGUGUGGUGCUGAAAAAAUAUAAUGAUUACUAGUGCAGUUUGGUGCCACUGCUUUGAUUAGCACUAAGGUACCAGCAGUUUUACCGACCUUUGCUUUUUCUCUUCCUCCCACUUUUCUUUUUGCAUCAUCAGUGCCAGUGUCAACACAGUAAAAACAAACAACAUGUUCAUAAUAUUAUGAAAAUAGUUUUGAAUCUCAUAGGCCCUCUGAAAGGGUCUUGGGAACUCCCAGGGAUUUAUAGACCACAUUUUGAGGAAGUCUGAAUAUAUGCUCUAGGGCAUAUACCUAGGAGUGGCAUUGUAUGUAAACUGCAUAUUUUUAAUAUUAGUAAUACUCCCAAAUGCCCCUCCACUGUGGCUGUACCAAUUUAUGCUUUCCUCUGCAGGGUGUAAGAGGUCGCAUUUCUCCCUCUUCCCAACACUGAAUAUUAUCAAACUUUAAAUUUUGCCAGUAUUGUAGGUAGAAAAUGGAAUCUCAUUGUCUUAUUUUUAGUACUCUGAAUAACAGGGAAGUUGAACAUCCAUGUGUUCAUUCAUAUGUUCGUAAACAUUCAUAUGUUUAUUGGCCAUUUGUAUUUUUUCUGUGAUAUGCCUGCUCAUAUCCUUUACCUGUUUUUAUAUGUAUUUUUGCUUUUCUUAUCUAGGAAAAUUAAAGAAAAAAUAUUAGUCCUU